UCGAUUUAUACAAACAAACCGUUGAAAAUCGUUACCAACUUCUUCCCACACUUUUGUUUAUCGCUAUGACGCUUUCGCCAUGACGCCAUAAUCUGCCAAAAAAAUUGUGUUUUCUAUAAAAAUUAUACAAAUUAUUACUGGUUAGAACGGUGAUAACUGUGAUUUACCUUUUACAAUUUGUGCUUAAACGCUUAAAGUGUUUGAUUAUUCCAACAAUAAUAAACUUGUCAUUGCCCAUUGGGCUAUUCAGUAAUCAGUGUUUUACCACCCCGCCAAACAUUUGCUGUCUGAAUAAUUAUCGUUGAAAUCGAUGAAUUCGUAUUUUUGUUUAUUUUUCAGAUUUUAGUACUGAAUUCAACGAUACUCUCAUUCCUGAACUGAUUUAUUUACCUGUAUCAUUUAACAAAUUUGUUCAAUGUCUUCCAAGAAAGUAUUUAAUAUCAAAGACAAAGUCUUUGCUAAAAUAAGAGGUUAUCCUGCUUGGCCAGCAAUAAUAUCUGGUAUUAAAGCUGAUAUUCCAUCACGGCAAAAGUAUAAUGUUUAUUUUUAUGGAACUGGUGAACGCGCUGAAUGUAAAUCAGAUGAACUUUUUCCUUAUGAAGAAAACAAGUCAAAACUAGGAAAACCAAACAAACGUAGAUAUUUUGCUGAAGCUUUAUUACAAAUUGAAGAAGAUGGUGAAAGUAUAGUUUUUCCUGAUGAGGAUUCAUCAGUAUUUGCAACACCAAGUAACACAAGUCAUAUAGAACAAGAAUCACCUAAAGAUGAAUCUAAUGAAGUUAAAAAAUCAAAUGAAUCUAUUGUAGAAAGUGAAGGAAAGUCAUCAACUGAUGAGUCUCCUUUGUCUAAAGGGAAAAAAAUAGUUUCUUCCAGAAAGAGUUUGGGUCUCUCUAUUUCUAAAGGAACAAAGAGAAAAAUAUCUGAUGUAAAAUCCGAAGCACCUUCUAAAAAAUCAUUAUCAAAUAAGCCAAAAAUCUUGGAAACUUUAAAGCUUAAAGAAAGACCUAUAGUAUUGGUAGAACCAUUGGAUGAUUGUGUAGUAGAAAGGGCAAUUAGUGGACAGAAAGUAGAGCAAAGUGCUGAAAAAAAUGUUAGUGUUGAUGAAAAAGUUACUGAAACACUAGAUAAACAAUCUGAGGUUCCUAAUACAACUGAAACAGUUCUUGAAACUAGUGAUGUAUUAUCGGAUUCAAGUAGAGCAGUAAAAUCCUCGUCAAAAGUAAAGAAUAGUCCUACCUCCAGUAGUGAAAUAUCUUCUACUAAUAGUGUAAAUGUUGGACAUGUAUCACGCUCUGGUCGUAAAAUCAAGCCAAAAAAAUAUUCUGAUUAUGAAAAUGAAUCAGAGAUGCCAAAACGUUCAAGAUUAAGUAAAGAAAAUUCCAAAGGUUCAGAGAAGUAUAAUACUAGCCAUAAUGAAACAGAUGCUUCAUCAGAACAAAAUUGUAAAACGAAAGAUACUAAUUCAGACAUAAGAAAGAUAUCUAAACAUUCAGCAGCAUCAGUACCAUAUAUAAAUACUUCAGAAAAUAAAAAUUUGGAACAAGUGAAUAAUGAAAUCAGUGAAGACAACGAACUUCCGGUCGCAAUUAAAGAUCUCAUGGUUGGAGCUUUGUCAAGUAUAGAAACGGGUUGGAAAAAAGCCGGUCCAAAAAAAAUCACUAAAAUUGAUAUAUUGCACACCGAAGUUGAUCUGCUAGAUGAUAUACAUAAAUUACGUAUAGCUUUAAGAACUGAUCAUGCUGAUUAUGAUGGAGCGUUAGAUUUAUUAGAGCAUAUUGUUGAACUUCAAAUUAAUGCCUUAAUGUUAAAAAAACAUCAAGAAGUUGUUGAAACAAUUAAACAAGUGAUAAGGUAUACCGGUAAUGCAAAAGAAUGGAAUCUAAAUGAAGAGGAAACUAUUUUACAUGAUGAAAAGUCGAGCCAGAUUAGACGCAAGGCUGAAAUAGUAUUAAAUAAAUUUAUAUCAUUGUUUGCUGUGUCUGAUGGGCAAUCAUUCGAUGAGAUAUUUAAUAAAGAAGUUGAAGAAUUUUUUACAAAGACUAAACAUUUGGCUUGUGAUCAGAUAUAUGGGCUUACUUCAGAUAAAGAUUAUGAAUUAUAAUUAAUUAUUUUUACUUUUUAAAAAUUAAGAUAACCAAUAAUUUUUAGUAGGUACAAAC